AUGACCACCGGAGAGGCGUCCAGUUCGGGUGCGCAGUUCGCUGGCAAAGAUCCGAAGUGGUGGGACAUCUCGACGUUCUCACGUGAGGAUAACCCGGGUGGUCUGCUCUGUCAAGAAUGCUGGCCGUUGGUACAAAAGGCUUUCGAAGAACAUUUUCUGAAGACGGAAUUGGAUGUUCUGGAGGGGACGAUGCUCGUCAAGACAACUAGAAAGACCUGGGACCCAUAUAUCAUCAUAAAAGCACGUGAUGCGUUAAAACUGAUUGCACGGAGUGUUCCGUUUGAGCAGGCGAUGCGAGUUCUCCAGGACGGUACCGCAUGUGAGAUCAUCAAGAUCAGUUCGAUGGUGAAUAACCGGGAAAGAUUUGUGAAGCGCCGCGCGAGACUUGUCGGUAACGAAGGCGCAACACUGAAAGCAAUCGAACUACUCACACAAACAAUUGUGGAAGACUGCAUGAAUAACAUACAUCCAAUAUACAACAUUAAAACUUUGAUGAUAAAGCGCGAAUUAAUGAAGGAUGAAAAACUGAAAAACGAAAGUUGGGAUCGAUUCCUGCCGAAAUUUAAGAAAAAGGUACAAUCUUCACAGUCCACAAAUCAAGCCAAAAAGAAGAAAGCAGCACGAUGGAAGAAGAAAAAUGAAUAUACUCCGUUCCCACCACCACCUAUCGACAAGCAACUCGAGAGUGGCGAGUAUUUCUUAAAUGAGCGUAAAAGAAAAUUGGAAAAACAAAAUAAAAAACGUGCACAGCAGAUUGAGAAACAAGCGGAGCGGCAGAAGCAGCGAGCUUCGCAGUUUGUGCCUCCAAACGAUAAGCCGAGAGCGAAAAGUAGUCAGAAACGCAUCAACGAUGCACCUAUCGAUAUUGACAAUUUGAAGAGGAAAGUUAAAAAAGUUCAGCACUGA